UUAAUAACUUUUAUUCGUUUUCUGAAUGGACUGUAUAUUAUUGUUUAUUUUUUAAUCUUGUUUGGCACGUAAAACAUGUUUCGUAAAAGAUUUUUUUUGGCUCAGUUGAGUGCUGUUGGAUUAACUGGUUACUAUUUUGGACUAAAUAAAAAUGCCGAUGAGACCUUAAUGGUGGAUGGAAGGAGCCUGAGGAGCAUGCCGGGGCUUCCGAUCUUUGGAACAGUGUCCGCAGCAACACCGUACUCUGACACCGGAAGCGACAGCAGUAGGAUAUCCCAAAUUAUGAAAUAUGGUUUUCCCGGUUUGGACCAUGUCCGUUCCUAUGAUGAUUACGUUCUAUCUUAUGACCGUCGCACUCGCGUGCCGCAUUGGGUGUUCGAGCAUUUAACCAAAGAGCACAUCAAGAAGAAUGACCAAGUAGACAGGAGUAAAUGUGAUUUUAUGCCUGAUGAAAGUAUUCAUCCAUUUUUUAGGUCAUUGAAUAGUGACUAUAAAGGAUCUGGCUUCGAUCGUGGUCAUAUGGCGGCUGCUGGCAAUCACAGGCUUGCACAAAAGCAUGUCGAACAAACAUUUUAUUUAACGAACAUGGCACCUCAGGUAGGAGAAGGUUUCAACAGGCAUGCGUGGAACAGGCUAGAGAAACAUGUUAGAAAAUUGACAAACGUAUACAAUAAUGUGUACUGUUGUACAGGACCGCUGUAUCUACCAAGGAAGGAAUCUGAUGGCAAAUCUUAUGUGAAAUAUCAAGUAAUAGGCGCUAAUACAGUGGCUGUCCCAACCCAUUUCUACAAAGUUGUAGUCGGAGAGGCUCCAGAUGGCACUCUGGACAUGGAGGCUUAUGUGAUGCCGAAUCAAAAGAUACCAGAUGAAACGCCAGUCUCCAUGUAUAUGGUGCCACCAGAAACAAUAGAAAAAGCAGCUGGUCUUCUAUUCUUUGAUAAGCUACACAGAAGUAAAUUAAAUAGAAUAAAUGGAAAGAAAGUUUGAAAUAUUAAUGUUAUAUAUAAUAGAAAAUAUAUGGACAGAUGUAAUGAAUUAAUCUCAUAAAGUAUGCAGUCUUACAAUAAAAGACGUCUGUAAAUUAUGUACAGAAUAAAUUCUAUAGAAUGUUAA